CAAGAACCACAACCUCAUAUUUGUAAACUAUGGACGAGUCAUAUGAAUCAAUCAAGGUGUAGCCUGUCAACGGAAAAAGGAAGGCUUAUUGACGACAUCAAUAAUCAAAUCUUGUGAAAACCAUGGACUUCUUCGCUGAAGUGUUGACAAGAGGAUGCGUGCAGAGACAUUUUAAGAUGAUCACAUGUUGAUCUCUAUAGUGGCUAUACCAAGGAGAAGGGUGGUGAAAUUCGAUUUACCACGUUCACCCAUAAUUUUAUUUGACCCCGAAAUAAUUCUUUAAACAUUGACGAUGGAUAUCAUAGAUUCUGCCGAGUUCCCCGGAGUUUUACCCGUGAUCGAGUGUGGUGCUCAUAAGGGUCGACGAGGCAGCACAGGGAUGAUCGACCCGAGCCAACCCUCUCCGCAGGCCCGGGCCCUGGUCAACAACAAGAACAACCUGGCUGACAUGACUCUCAGGAAGACCCUGGCCCAAGUGGAGCGCGAGAAAGUGGCCAGCAUCACGGAGCUGGACCACGAGCGGCUCGAGGUGCUAGACUUCUUACGGAACCUGAAGCGGUGUGAUUCGGACAGGGACCCGACAUAUCUCAAGCUGUUCAAGGAAAUGACCUCGCGUCGCAACGUGACGAUGUCAGCCCUGGCGGGGAUGCGGAAUGACGGAGCAGAAGGUAGGAGGCGUAGCAGGCAGCAAAGGUCAAACUCAACCGAACUGGAACAAAAUGUUGACAAGGAACUCCAAGUGGAGCAGAAAGACUUCACUCAGGAGGAAGACGUCAUCAGGCCGCUGGCGUCUGCUCCUCCGCCCUACCGAACACGUUUCGUGGAUCCAAACGAUGCGGUCAUGACGGAAGUUAUGGAGACUAAAUCAAAACCGAAAAAGAAAGAACCGCUGAGUAAGAGAAUCGAGACAUUUUUCGAGGCGGUGCAGAUGUAUAAAAAGGCCCAGGAAGACGCAGACGAUGACUUUUUCACCGCGUCGCGGAUGGCGCGCAAGUGGACAAUGAUGACGAAAGGGUUGGCGGAAUCCGAGGACGAUGAUGACGAUGACAAUAAUUUGCAUACAAUCUAGAAUUGGGGUUUCCGACAAUCAGAAAUUGGGGAGAUUUCCGGUCGUUUUGUCCAAUCUGGAGUGCUGCAUUUCCACAUGGACAUUUAAAUAAACCAUCAUUGGGUGUUAUUUAUAGGCUUCCUGUCAGUGGACUGACUCUCCUUUCGAAAGGGGUGCGAAGGGCUGGCUAGACCCUAGCGGAGACAUGGAGAACCAUUGAUCGGGAGGCCUAUACCAGGGCCGGGGGACGGGGAGCACUGCAUGUAAAGAGAAUUAUAAGUACAUGCGUUGGUCAACUGGACAUUCCAAACCUCUCUAUCAUGUUUCUACAUAUAAAUGUCUCGACUAUUCUGAUUAUGAUUUUUAACGUUUUCAUUA